AUGCGAAGGCAAUGUCUUUGGGAGUUGUGGAAUUAUGAUGAGAAAGUAUAUGAUCAAAUGUUAUACCAUCAGUUUUACUUGAACCGAACCUCUUCCGAUUCUGCUGCGCGUGAUGCUGCGAAAACUGCUGAAGCGCAGCGAAAGGCAGAAGAGGAUCGGAGGAAAGAAGAGAGUAGGAUUGCUGCGCAGAAGAACGCUGAAGAGCGAAAGCGCAAAGAAGAGGAAGAGAAAAAGAGGAAGGAGGAGGAGGAGAGAAAGCUGGAGGCGGAGAGGAAGAGGAAAGCGGAAGAGGAGAGAAAGCUGAGGGAGGAGGCGGAUAGGCAGAGGAAGGCGGAAGAGGCGAGGAAAGAAAGAGCUGCCGAUCAGUCUUCUGUUCAAGGGCAGUCUGGUGUCCCAAAACCUCCCCCUGCUGCGCCGAUUGUUACCUCUAAGGGGUUAGGGCGCUAUGUGUCUAGUGGUGCAAGCUCUGGAGGAGCUGGGGGCUAUAACCCCAAUGUGAUAGGUGCGAAGGAUACCGUCGGGGACAUAUAUUAUAAAACUUAUACUGAAGAGGAACGUGGUGAUGCUCCUCAUCAAGCCCCUUGGAGCUUAAGGCAGAAGGAUACAUUUGUUGAAUUUGGUCCUUCUCGCGAUUGGUACUUGAACCAAUUCACUCCUGGCGAAGUUAACCGUCAAAAGGCGAAGCCGCAUGAAAUGUUGUAUCGCACUUACAUUCUUGCCGAGGCUAACGCUCGAUCUGCUAACCAUCAGAUAGUUCGUGAAUGGCGAACAAUGGUCAGAGAGCGCGCCGACUGGGAGGCUUACCGAGAACGUGUGCUAAAACGUGUUGGUGAAUUUGAGAAGGCUAAGGCCACAUUUGAUGAGGAGAGAGCCAAGUUUGAGGCUGAUAGGAAAGCUGAAGAGUGGGGUCGCGAGGGCCUGCAAAAGAAACUUCAUAAUGUGGAAGAGCAACUGGCCAAGGAGAAGGCCGAGUUCAAGCGUAUAUGCGCUCAAGACAACGAGCGUACUUAUGCUCUUCGCCAGAAGAUCGUUGGUCUUGAGGCUACAGUUGCGGACUUGACCUCAAAGGUGGAGGAAGCGCAGGGUGAAAAAACUGCCAAGCAGCAGAUGGAGGUUGAGCUGACUGAAGCCAAGGUGCAAUUGUCUAACAAGGACAAGGAUCUCCAUGCCAAGGACGUUGAGAUAGCGGAACUCAAGCGUCGCUUGAAUGAGCAAAUCGACAGAUGCGAGUCUUUGGAGAUUGACCUUGAGGCUGAGAAGGUCAAGGCCACCGAUGCCGAGGAGGCGCGUGCUGUCAGCACUGCGGCGCUUAACGUGGCUCAGACAAAUUAUUCUGAGGCCCAAGGCAUUGUGGACACGCUUGUUUCUGAAGCAGAAUGGAUGCGCACUCGGGGAAUAGUGCUGGUUGCCAACUCCAUCCUGAACGCCGGCGAGCUAGAUCGCGCUGUUGCUGCUCUUACGGAUGCGGCGCGUGCAGUUGGUCAUCGAGGAGGUUACCUGGAGUGUGCUGAUCACGUUGAGCGAAUGCUGGGACAAGAAUUCGAUACAAGUCAUUGCUCAGUGACGGAACAAGCUGAUGCUGCGCUGGCCAGUGCUGAGAACUCAUAUGACAACCUCUCCUUGCCCAUCAUGGACUUGGUUGUUAGUGCCUUAAAAAAGGAUGAUUGGUGUCAGCGCCUCAAGGCGAUCCUUGAUCCACCGAUUACUGUUGAAUCAUCUGAUGAGGAAGCAGCUGGUGAUGAUGGCGGAGGUGAUGACGAUGGCGACGAUGGUGAAGGGAACGAAGAUGAUGAUGGUGAGAAGAAAGAAGACAAAUAGAGUAGGUUGUUAGUUUGUUGAUAGGCGUUUGUGCCUUUGUUUCUGACUUGAUUGUAAGUGAUGCGCUUUUGCGCAGUUUUAAUGACAAUGAAAUGUCUUCGUUUUUUCUGUUGCAAUUAUUGCAUUGCUGUAAAAACUUAGGUUAAAUUAGCUCGAAUAAAUGGAAGCGUUAUCUAAGUAUAAGGUGGCCACCCGGUCUCGCGCUUUGUUUGCGGAGGACCUUGGAGGUGGUUUUGAACCAUCUCAAAAUGCUGGAGUGUUUUCGCGCUAAUCAGAAGUUUAACAUGCAUUUGUAACGAAAAAA